AUGGCUAAAUCACCAAAAAGACAAAAUUCUAGUUUAGUAGAAAAUUCGCGGCAGAAAAGACCAAAGAAAGAAGAAAGAGACACAGCUUUAGAUGAUGAGGAACCAGCUUUCGAAAUAGGUGGUGGACCUGCAAGCGAGAGCAUGGGGCCUGGAAAUGAAGAUUUUGAUAGCGAUUUACCGACGCCAUUUGACAACCUUGGCGAGGAGUCAAGUUCUGGUGCGACCUUGCCUGAGAGUAAGACACCAACAACUAAUCUAGUGAACACAGACAACAGUGGCACAGACGACAAGAAAAAGACUAAAAAUAAAGGCAUGCAGCAGAGUACAAAGAGGGUGCAGCAGCCUUCCCAAACAGGCGGACACGGCUCCUCCAGCAGUACUACUGUGGCAGGUGGCAUGGGAUCCAACUCAACAGGUUCUAACACUCAACAGGCUUCCUCAAAAAUGCAGACGGAUCCUGACAAACUAAGUGAUGCACUAUUCUCUGCAGGUGUAGACAUCCGCGAAGAAGAAGCGCUGCUAAAUUCAUCCAUGAAUAUCACAAAGACCAACGCUCAAAACAACGGCCAAGUCAUCAACAACCAAAUUCCUCCACAGCUACCGUUUUUGCACCCCACACAUGUUGCAAGCUUCAUGAAAAGGGUAGGCACUGAGCAGAAUUUUCAUCAAGACUUCUCCAAGGCUCACGAAGUCUUGAGCUUAAUGUCAACGGCAUGUGAAGCAUUUAUGAGAGAUAUCAUUACGAACUCCUUGGUGAUUUCGCGACACAGAAGACGCUCAAUAAAACUCAACUCAGGCCGUCGAAGUGAAGUUUCGCGAGCACUGAGAGACCUUGCCAUUCAGCAAAAAGAACAAGAAGAAAAAAGAGUCAAGAGAAGGAUAUCGAUGGGGUUGGAGAAGGAAACAGCUGAAGCUAAGAUGGAGACUGAGGAAACGUUACACAGAGCGUCCAAUGCAACUGCUAACAUGAUGAUUGCUGGUGGCAAGAAAAAGUACAGUUGGCUAAACGCGGGCCCGAAAGCCAAUAAUAAUUCAGUCAAAGUUCUGGGCAAAGUUUCUUCAGACGUAGCUGCCAGAGGGGAGAUUGGUAUCAGAUACCGUGAGGCAAGAGAAGAACCUGGGAUAGUAAUGAGAGAUUUGCUUAAUGCUUUGGAGAAUAGAAGAGUAGGUGUAAAUACGGUUAUCCCGAAAGGUUACGCACGAAUUCGUGAUUGA